AUUCUGAAAUGGCUAUUUUCAAAGAUAUUUUGGCGCGUUUUCCUCGUGGUGGUCUUUCGUAUGUAUUUGCUUAUGGCAGCGGUGUGAAGCAACAAAUUGGCUAUGAAGAAGUUGCUAAACAAAAGAACAACAUUAUUGACUUAAUAUUUUGUGUGCGUGAUCCACUAGGUUGGCAUGCUGAAAAUCUCGAUCGUCAGGAAAGCCACUACUCUCUAUUACGCCUACUGGGCCCGCGUUUCAUCAUGAAUUACCAAGAGCAUUUAGGUGCACGUGUAUACUUCAAUACAUUAGUGCCGCUGCACGAUAUUCAUGUAACAAUUAAAUAUGGCGUCAUAUCGCGAGAACACUUGUUGGAUGAUUUACAGAAUUGGCGGUACUUGUAUCUUGCGGGCCGGCUACAAAAACCUGUAUUCGAUUUGGUAGCAACAAAUGGCGAUGACGAAUUAAAGGAGGCUUUAGCGUGCAACUUACUCAGCGCAUUUCAAGUAGCCUUACUUUUACUACCAGAACGGUUCACAGCCUAUCAACUAUUCCAUACAAUAUCGAGCCUCAGUUAUAAAGGAGAUUUCCGAAUGAUAUUCGGCGAGAAUAAGCACAAAGUUCGCAAUAUAGUGUUGGCACAAGAGAAAGAUUUCUUGAAUCUCUAUUCUCCAGUAUUGCAAAAAUUGACUGAUUACGUGGGGGCCGAUUUUAAUGCCAAGGAAGUGGGAACGGGCAACACAAUUACUCAGUUUGAGCAGGACAAGUCGUCGAAAGCUAAGAUACAUCAUCUACGCAACGUACCAAAUGAAUUGCAAAAACGGAUUGUACGAAAUUCAGCAUUUAAGGGUGAUUAUAUGAAUAUAGUACCACACUUGGCAGAUUCACACAAUCUUCUCGAACUUGUGCAAACUUCAGUAAAUGACAUAGUGUGGCGCAGCAGUAUUACUCAGUCAAUAAAAAAUAUAGCCAGUGCAGGAUUUUUCAAAUCUCUGCUUUACAGCUAUCGUAAGGCGCUUAAGACUUUUUCCUAAUUGGGGGAAACAGUACGUUGAUAAGGCAAUUACUGCUUUUAGAACCAUGCCAAAGUAAUAUAAAGGAAAAACGCUUUUUGGUAUCUAUGCUUUGCUUCUUAAAUAUCUUGCUACCGAAAAAUUACACAUAAUUACACUUACAAAGGUGUAGUUGUUAAAUAUUUCUGAUUAGAAGCAUUUAAAAAUUUGCACAGAGUGGCUCUCAAGGGAUUUUUACAAUGUAAAUCUUAAACAAUUUUGUUGGCUGUCCAAUAUGUUUGUAUUUACUAAGAUUCGUUAUCUCUUUGAGUUAUUUUUAACUAUUUAGCGCAAUAAAGUGCAUAAAACAUAAAUUCUAAUAUACUAAUGCAGUUUUAAUUAUUUUUC